GCGAGACAGGAUGGAGUUAAGAGGGCACUAUUUACAGCAUAUAUUACUACUUAGCCCAACCGCACGAACUUCCUCCUCCUCCUCCAAACCAAAAACCACACGAAAAGGAAAAGAAGCUGCCAAAAUACAACAACAGCAGAAAAGGAAAAAGAACCACAACCAAACAAAGCUCCAAAGCCAGGAUGAGAAUGAACAGGGAUGCUCUGUUUCUUCUCAUCGCCUCCUUCACAUUUCUACUACCCAUCAACGGCGACAAUAGCUACCACCUCCAGCAAAUGAAAGCAAUGCGGGAGCUCAGGUCGUCCAUCUCCUCCCGCCGUCAACUCGCCGCCGGCGACGCCCCCGCUCCUUCCCCUGUCUCCAUCUCUCCAUCGCCGCAGCAGAUGGCGCAGGUCGGCGAUUCGCCGCGCGUAUACGACGUCACCUCCUACGGCGCCGAUCCGACCGGCGGUCGAGACAGUACGGACGCAUUCUCCACCGUACUUUCCGACUUGGUGAAGGGGCCCACCUCCGGCACCAUGCUGAAAGACAUAAAAAAUUUCGGCGGCGCACAAAUUCAUCUCGCCGGCGGGAACUAUCUCAUCAGCAAACCUCUCCGGUUCCCCUCCGCCGGCGUCGGCAACGUCGUGAUCGUCGGAGGGAGCCUACGCGCGUCGGACGAUUUCCCGACCGACGGAUACCUAAUCGAUUUGUCGUCCAAGUCGUCGUCGGACUACGACUACGAGUACAUAACACUGAGAGACUUGAUGCUGGACUCCAACUUCCGAGGCGGCGGCAUCUUCCUCAACGACGCCGUCCGAAUCACCAUCGACAACUGCUACGUCACCCACUUCACCACCGACGGAAUCUCCGUCAACGGCGGCCACGAGACCCUCAUCCGGAACACCUUCAUCGGCCAGCACAUCACCGCCGGCGGCGACCCGGACGAGCGGAAGUUCUCCGGCACCGGGAUCGCCCUCAACGGCAACGACAAUGCCGUCACCGACGUGGUCAUCUUCUCCGCCGGCGUCGGCGUCAUGAUCACCGGCCAGGCCAACAUCCUCACCGGCGUCCACUGCUACAACAAGGCCAGCGGGUUCGGCGGCACCGGGAUCUACAUCAAGCUCCCGGGGCUUUCGCAGACGCGAAUCGUCAAUUCCUACAUGGACUUCACCGGAAUCACCGUCGAGGAUCCCGUCCAGCUCACAAUCUCCGACACGUUCUUCCUCGGCGGAGCGUACGUCGUGUUCAAGUCGGUCAAGGGCGUGGCGAAGGGGGUGAGCGUGGUGAACAACAUGUUCAGCGGCAGUGGCGGCGAUACUGUUCGAUUGGAAGGGGAAUUCAAUGAAAUCGGCGGUGUUUUGGUGGACGGGAAUAGUGUCAACGGCGGGAUGAAUUUGAAGGCGACGGUAGCGCGUGGGUCGACGAGUGCAAACGGGACGUCGUGGACGGUGGAUUUCAAUUCCGAGUUGUUGUUUCCCAAUAGGAUCUCCCACGCGCAGUACUCGCUCGUCAGCUCCACCGCGGGGGCGUUUCCGAGGCACGCGCUGAGGAACAUUACCGGGAAUGUGGUUGUGGUGGAGUCGGACGUUCCGGUGACGGCGAGCGUGUUCGCGGCCGUGAGCCAGUGAUUUAUUAUUUUAGCUUAUAUUUAAUUAGUUGGUUGAUUAAUGUGAAAAGGAAAAAAAAAAAAAGAAAAAAGAAGAAGGAAUGGGUGAUUGAUUAGGUGGAGGUUAUAUUCUUUUUCCAAUUUGUUAUUUUGUUGGGUUUUUCUUUUGGGCCCAAUUGUUAAUAGUGGAGAGAGACGGCCCAGAAGGGCUUCGCAAAGCAAACCACAAGUCUUUGCUUUGGAAUUUGUUACGGGCUACGCAUCAUUAUUAUUCAAUAUAUUAUCGGUUAUUAUUAAACACUCUAAAACCAUGGCGAAUGUUAUAUAUGAUAAGAUAAUG